GUCUGAUGAUCCUCUGAGCAGCGUAGGGUAUUUAUCCUUUUUGGCCCCCCUCGAGUGUCCCUGCCUUCCCUCAUGGACUUCCCAUCUCUCUCACAAAGCUCAACUUAGAAGAGAAACGCAUUAUGGCGGAACAAUAUUCAUCGGGUUUUCGAUAUACCAUCGAGCGAACGUAUCCGUUUCGAUGGUUCACACCGCUUGUCACAGUUUGCGGUGCAGCGGCAGUUGUUCUAUUCACUUUCGUCAACAUUGCUGCGGACGGAUAUGUGCAAAACGUCAUUUACACGACAAACCCAAAUUCCACGCUGGAAGAGGAACACUGGUACCUGAACGCACCAUGGUCAUGGAUUAGUACUGCCCGAUCAUCAUGCCAGUCUCCAGGAGUUGCCAUAGGCAAUCCCUACUACACAUCGAAUCAACAAUCGGGCAGCUACACCGUUACCAUGAUGAACACGACUUUAGGCCCAGACGACGAGGCUGUCUAUCCAGGUCUGAAUUCCAAGACUCUUGGAACCACGGUCUACUUGAACAAUACACUUCAUGACUGUCAGAUGGGGGACCUCAUGGUUAUCUUCACAUCUCAACAACAACCAAGCUCCGCCAGGCUACAAAUUCAGUCUGGACCAAUAUACUGCAAAUUUGACGCUGGUAUUCCCGUAAACAUUACCAUCGAGCAGUCUUUCAGUGGGAUCGAGUUCUUGUUUCAGCAACGGUCCAGCUUGAGUCAGUGGGCUGUCUAUGACUUCAUGCAGUCGAGCUUCAACGCGCUCAUGACUGAAAUCCACGGCUUGAACAGCACCAUUGAAUACACUGGAACCACACUAGGCCUGAAGAAAGCCGAAAAUGCAGACAUUACCGCAGACGACUUCUUCUCGACAACGAUAAUCAGCCCCGGGCAGAGCGGAAGCCUUGUAUCACCAUCAAACAGCAGCCAAGACGGCGAGCCAUUCCCCUUGGCUGAAGGCGACCCGGGAAGCAUAGCAAGACUGCUCGACGUCUUUGCAAAGUCAUACUACUCCGCGGUCAUGUGGGACCUCAACUUCAACCGAGAAACGAACGCAUUCGCGUCUGGCGCCACAUUGGACUACCUCGUAAACACCAUCGCAGACGCGACCGGGAAUGACACGGUGACGCCGAGUCCCAUCCUCGGCUCGCCUGACCUGGUCGGCAACCACGCAAGAUUUGAGAUGCAGUAUAUCUGCUCGGUGCCCCAGAAGAAGGAUACGGGAUCCCUGAUCAUAUCAGUCGUCGUCUCGAACAUUGUCCUGCUGUGCGUGUUCUGGAACAUCUUCAACUGGGUGGCACUGCGGUAUCUCCGGACCCGCGACCCGAACUGGGACAUGUGCCGGGGUUGCAUCCUCCGCAGCGAGGCAGAUCGGACCACUGCCCGGGCCAUGGUCAUGGACCUGGAAAAGGACCCCCUCUGCGAGAAUGAUGAGGGUGUGCAAGUGGCCCCACCAUAUGAGAGCCAACAGGAUCUACGAAGGGAUCCACAGAUUUGGAAGAAGCCUAGAUCCUGGUCGGUGGCGAUCCCUGCCAAAAGCUCCCAGAGCUCUUUGCGGACUUUCAUAUUUAAGGAGGAAGGGCAUGUCCGCAAAAACAGCGAUGACAUUUCGGGCUGGGAUGAGAAGUUCCCAGCGGUUCCGAGGCGAUGAGGAUUAAGCAUUUCCAUGUAUAACUCUGAGUUGCGGCGCACUACCUAGGUAGUAUGCUACCUGCUGGCUCCAUGGGCUGCUGGCCAGCCAUAGAUAUAGAUACCCGGUGGAGACACUCAACUUGAUGUGCAAAGUGUCUCUUUACCAAAACCAAAUUCUCGGAAUGAGAUGAUCCCACGCCCCCCACGGUAUUUUCCUCA